UUAAUUUCAUUUUUAGGUUCGACCAUUAAAGGCGCCAUCGCGAUUUUGAAUUGCAUUUUGGCGCGUCAAUUAUGCUUUGAGGAUCCCUCAUGCUCGGCCAUUUUGGAAAUUAUUCCCCGCGUCUGCGGACCCAUACCAGUGUCCUGCAGCACGGUCACGGUAACUAAAUGCCAAGCGGCACUUCGCACGUUGCAGGCGUUUCAAUUCUUUCGUCCCACCUGCCUGUGCAAGGAGCCUGGCAUGGAUCCCGAUUGCAAUCAUUUUCGGGAUUUUCUAUUCGAUCAUCCUUGCGGAUUUGUGCUCAAGAAAGCCGAAAAGGAUCCCUAUCCGAUUGAUGCUCUUCCCACGUGCAAUCAUGCGCUGUCCGUGUGCCAGCAGGAACGCAAAUGCCUAAAGCUCUUUGAGGAUUUCAAGACGCACUGCAAAGUGCGCGACAAUAAGUGCAAAAUGGAAAACAGGGAUGCCUGUCAUGAUGCCUGGACUAAUCUACGCCUAUCGCCCAUGUUCGGCUGUAUUUGCCCAAAUAAUCAUAUGAAAAAGCGCUGUGAUCGUAUUUUUAAUAUUGUUAAUCACAAUCCGUGUGUGGAUAGAAUAAUAUUUUUCCCCAACGGUUUGCCAAAGCUGAAACCAAAGCCGAAAACGAAGCCGACGCGCAAACAGAAACAAAAGCACGGACCACGCAUCGGCCACGCCCUUAAUGGUACCGAGCUCUUGUCGAACAACAUCGAGUACCAGUACCAUGACGAGCCAAACAACGGGCACAGAAUGGGCCAGGAGAGUCAGUUGGCCGAGGAGGGAGAAGAGGAUCUGGCGGAAGAUGAUGAGGAUUCGGAUGAUGAUGACUAUGAUGAUCGCAUACGCGCUGAAAUUUAUUCCAACUAUCCGCAUUAUCUGCACCCACCCUCGUGGGGCAUUAACAAUCCGUUGGUGCUGGCCUCGCACAGUCCGCAUACCUCGGAGGACGACGACGUGGUCGUCGAAGUGCCCACCACUACACGACAUGGCCACAAGAAGCAGCCAUUGGAUGAGAUGGAGCGCAGUGUUGUGGACGAUGUUGUGGUGGUAGUUGAUGCUGGUCCUGGGCCGCAUCAGCACACGCACACGCGGCCACACACGCACACCUACUAUGCCCAUGGCAUGGAGCCGUCGACCACCGUGGGAACCAUUGGAUCCAUUGGAUCCUCUUCGAGUUCGCCUAACACUGGCACCAACACCCACAAUACUGCACAUCUUGGCGAUUUAGUCGCCGGUAGCGAUAUAACCCACCGCACCCACUCCGCGGGCACCAUGGAAGAGAGAGGUGGUCAGGAUGUUGAAGUUGACCUCUCAACGGAAAUAAUCAAGCAACACUUUCAGAGUACCUGCCACACAGCACUGGAUACCUGCCGGGAGGAUCCAGCCUGCUCAUCAUCGCUGCAGCCAAUGUUGAUGCACUGUGAGCUGCAUCGCUGCAAUCGCAAUGCGUGCAUGACAUCAUUGCAGUCCUUCUACAAAGGGCCGCACGAGGACUUGAAUCUGGACAUUGCCUUUUGUCUAUGCAAAAAAGCCACCAGCAACAACAACAACAGUCCGAGCCAGCAGAACGCAAAUCGGCCCGACAUGUGCAUGAUUGCACAGGAAAAACUGCAUCCCGUCUGCGCACAGAGACCGCCCGAUAACAAUAAUCCAGCCAGCUCCAAUGGCAUUUACUACCAUCCGCCGCCUGCGUGCCAUGUGGUUGCCGACAGCUGCAAAGAGGAUCGCGAAUGCAGGCUCAAGCUAGAGUAUUAUGAGCAGGCCUGUGCCGUGGACAGCGUGACCAAGAAGUGUGCCGGCCGUCCCAGUGGCUGUCGCACCGCAAUGAUUGGCAUACUGGGCACCAUGCUGCGCACCACAUGUGCCUGCCAAGGCACAGAUCCACAGCACCUCUAUCAGUGCGUUGGCUGGCGUCGCCUGCUCUGGAUGAAUCCCUGCGUGGUUGAGGCGCAAAAGGACUUUCAUAUGAAGCGGCUGGCUGAGUUGGGCUUCCUAACCACAACCACAACGACGACAACUACCACGACAACCACGACGACAACGACACGCGCACCACCACCACCACCGCCACCACCACCGACCACGCCAACAACUACGACCAGCUUGCAGCCGAAGCAAACUCCAAGAAAGCCGGCAACGCAUAUCUUUAAGGCAAAGGAGAAAUCGGAGCCAGCAUCGGUGGAACACAAUUAUCUCGAUCCGCCCGAUUCGGUGCCGUUGCACAGCGGAAACGAUGCCAGCGGAAACGGCGGAAAUGACGAUUAUCAUGGCGGCAAUGAACACGACAAUAAUCAUGGCAAGGGGCAUGCACAUGGACACGGGCAUGGCAAUGGCAAUGCCAACGGCAAUGCCAACGGCAACGGAAAUGGCAAGGGCGACCACCGGCGGCAGGGCAAGAAGAAUGGAAAUGCCCAAAACGCUGGCCUUGGCAGGCAGGGCGUAGAUUUCGAUGAUCCGGUAAUUUUUGUUGACCAAAUGGAAACAACAGAGCUUGUGCACAGCAUCAGCCACACAGAGCCGACAACCACAACGACCACAACAAUGGCGACCACAACAACAACGCAGCCGCCAAGAAACUGUGUGGUGCAACGACCCCAUCAAAGCGAUCAACUCAUUCGCGAGGGCAGCAGCAAGCGGAUCUACUCGUUGGACGACGCUGAAUGCAGCGAACUGUGCAGCUGUGGCGACUCGCUAACCCUCACCUGUCACGCCCUCUGCGUACCCUUUGCACCUUGUCGCACCGCUCUGGCGUUCUACAGUCACGCCUCGCCGGCUUAUCAGGCGUUCCGCGGCCGUUGCCUCUGCUACUCGGGACGUUUCAUCUGCAUGAAGCCACCGCUUGGGGAUUACAUUCUGCCAGGUGGCGUCUUCUUGCUGCUGGGCUACAGCGCCGCCGAUGAGGCGCUGCUGCGACCUCACACCAAUCUGGGGGUGCAGGAUGCGGUGCGUGCCCUGCAACAAUACGUGACAACCUACAUCAACAAUCAGACGCAUUGCACAUUGACGCUGUUCAACAUGACCGAGGAGAACAUCAUCAUAGCUGCGCGGCUGCCGCAUGAUGGCAAGCUAAAGGACAUCGAGCUGUUGCGCCGUGAAAAGGACGAAUGCACCGCGAUACUGAAGACCAUCAGUCAUCAUAUCAACACCGAGCACAAUGAACUACAAUCCCACCGACUGUUGAGCAUUUUCAAAAUGUCCGAAGUCGAUGUCGUCUGGCCGGAAAGCACGAGCGCGGCUCGCAGUGGCCAGACAGGAGCCAGCCGCCUGCUCUCCCUGCUGUUGCUCUCGUUGGCACUAACCGUCCGUGGCACGCUCCGUAUGAGCAAUGCGCGCAGCUGGCGAGCUGACGCAACAUGACACGGCAGUUGAAGCAGCAGUGUUCACUAACUGCAAGUAGUUUAAUUGUAAGCUGGUGUAAGGGGUGGGGUCAAAUACGAUACUACACUAGCAAAUAUAUAUAUAUAUAUAAAUUUAUAUAUAUAUAUUUAUAAGCAUAUAGAGAGUACUACAUAGAAACAAGAAUGGGUGUGUAAGAGAUAUCUAGAUGUGUAUGUAGCUACAGAAAAAACCUAUACGAGCAUAAUACUCGAAUAUUCAGCAGCAUUAAAUGUGAGUUAGUCUAGAGUUAAGCGUCUACAUAUAUGAUAUAAACAAUUAGCAAAAUGUGUUGUAUACUUUUAGGGGCUAGCAGAUAUUUUUGGCUCUUUGUUGUUAACUUGAAGAUGCAGUCUUACUUUUUGAUACGUACUUACACGACAUGUGAGGCAUUAAGUAAUUGAUACACCAUUCGACUAACGAUAACGAUUAACUUUACAUACUCAUAAAAGUGAAGGAAAGAAACUGCUGUCUAAAUAAUAAUUAUCUUAAAAUAAUGGAAAAAUAUCUACAAUUUACUAAAGAUAGCCGUACCCAUAGCGUUUAAAGUAAAUAUAUUUACAUAUGAUAAAGAAAAACAUCUGAAAGAAACGUGUAUAUAGACUUGGUAAGUGCUUAAGGUUUAUAUUUACAUAUAUUCUUACAUAUGUAUAUGGAGACCAUACACGUAGCUAGUGUUUUUUACGAUUAAAGGCAUAUUAACUUACUUUCAUCCAAUAUUCAUUAUCAUCGCCACACCACACAGCCCAGCGUUAAUUGCACUUUUUUUACAGUAAAUGCCCCAUUAUUGUUUUAUUGUUGACACAAUUAAACACAAGAACAAAAUGUGGCCAGCGGCAGCCUGCAGUCCAAAUACCCUUACAGAAAUCGCUACACCCUUAAAAUAUUUGAUUUCAUUCAAAUGUUUUUUGACAUAACAUUUAAAUUUCAAUCAAAAUAUUUGUUAGCAUUAUUUUUUGAAGAUUCUUAUUGUCGCAUCUUUAUAAAUCACUUUUUCGGCAGUCCUCCAAACUUCAUGUUAGCAUACGGGAGGCAUCUUCUGCAAGGGUAUACAAAAUGAAUGGCUUAAGCCAUAUUAAAAUUUUAUUAUAUUUUUUGAGGUGCGAACAUCUACUGCACACAUAUUGCUUUCGCUUCUGAUAAUUAAAUUUGCCCAUGUGAAAUAUAAUUGUUAAUUUAUUUCAAAGUUUUUCACACAAUUUCCAGCUGUUCGAGGCGCGAAUUAUCAAUUAUAUUUUGCAUGGACGAGCACUUAAAUUCUGGCGGUUUUCGGGCUUUCUUAUUACAGAUUUAAUAUGUUCUUUUGAGCUUUACUUUUCUUACUCUCGAUUGAACUGUCUUCAUUUUAAAAGGUUUCACAUCAUGCAGCCCCUGAUUUGCUCUUCCCCAAAAUGCUGUAAAUAAAUUGGGAAUAUAUUACGUUUUAUCAAAUACUAACAGUACAUAUCAAAGUGAACACCUAAAUAUACACAGAAUACCGUAUUAACUAACCCUUUGUACAUACCUCUAUAUACAUAUGUACAUGCAAAUAUACACAACGAUAUACAAAAGUAUGAAAAACAAACUAGCAUCAACUAUGGAUAACAGAAAAAUAAGAAUAAAAAAGUAAAAUACAAAUAUUACAAUCUACCCAACAGCAGUAAAAAGACAGUAAUUGUACAUUGAAUCAAACUUCAGUUGCACCUUAAAUAAGGUAUGUAAGAACUACUAGGCAUUGUAAAUAUAGGAAAAAGGAAAUACUUAAAUUCUAUGAAUAUUAAUUGAGUGUUUUCGUUAUGUGACACUCAGACUCCCAAACACACACCAACACACUUUAAGCCUAAGCUUGACCAUUUGAUAAAGAUGUUAAGCAAACUUCGCACACACACACACACGAACACACGCAUGUCUGAUGAGUGUUAAGGUGUCAAGUGUAGAGUGUAAAGUGCGCUGAAGAAAUGGUCACAAUCAUGAAAAAAUGUCUUCCUUAAUGCAUAUACAUGACGAUAUGUGUUACAUAUUCAUAUUUAUAUAUAUAUACAUAGUACAUGCUAACUUGAUAUACCUAAAUAUACUCGUAUACCUAUUAUAAUAUACGUUAUAACGCUAUUGGUGCACCCUGGCCUACGCUUCAGUUAGUGAAUACUAGUCAAAAGAAAAAGAGUUAUGCCACCCAAAAAUGGCUAAUUCAUAUAAUUACGAUUAUCGAUUAACUUGCAAAUUAUACCACUGUUGACACUAUUAUAGCAAACAUUAAAUACCUAAAAGCAGCAAAAAUAAACGAAAAUGAAUAAAUACGUAUACAUAGUACUUUACGAUACAUAUGAGAGAAUUAUAUCCUCCAAGUAAAUAUACAAAUAUACCUAAAUAUAUAUACAUGCAUAAAUAUACCACUUAUGUACUUAAUUACAUACACAACUUAUGUUCGAGCAUUGAGCAUUGCAAUGCACUUGAAUAGUUCCCUAGGCCACCAAAAUGCAAGCGACCUUUAAUGGAGAGAACCUGCUUAUAGAACAGCUUGUAGCUACUUAAUAUUAGACGAAUUUAAAGAGAGAUAUUAAUCCAAAAGUAAAAGCCGUUGUCAGACCGUUUUCGCAUAAGUAUUGUAAGUACCUGCAAUCUAAAUGGGAGACCAUAUAUUAUCCAAAAUGAAAACCCCUCUUCGAUUGUAUAAGGACCUUUCCGGGAAUACUUACGCAACUAAUCUGCAUUGCAGCAUCUGAUAUCUGCAUAUAUGUAAAUCUAACCGCUCUAACCAUUCGAUUUUUGUUUAUGUCCCUUUUAUUUUGUCAUUGUGCUCUCGGGGCAGCACAGCACGAGGCGCAGCUACAAUGUAAAGUACCGUUAAAAAGACAAAAGAAAAGAAAAAUGAAAAAGGAAAAGUCAAGAAAACUGCAACUAGAUCUAUACUGUUAAGGGAGAAACUACAUAGAAAAUGUAGCAGAAACCUAUGUUAAAUGAUAGCAAAAAAAAAUUAAAAAAAAAAAGAUAAAUAAAAAUGGGGAAAAUAACAUAAAAUAUGCAUGAGGAAUAUCAAAUAAGUUGAGGAAUUCAAGUUAAGCCUAGCGACAGCAAACUAAACGGAACACAAUAUAGAAAAUAGAGAAAUAUGCUAUGGUAUGUACUUAAGUAAGAGAUAGAUGUAUUACUAUGUCGAGGGCUUUACAUAAAACUAUGUAAGCAAAAGUCCAUGAAGCAACCAGCAGCUGCAACCAGGUAGACGAGGGUCGUGGCACAUUUAUAAUGAAUAAUGAAAAAAAGCAU